CAGUGUUUAUGUGUGUGAGUUUAUGCGGCGCAAGCGGCGAUGGCGGCGCGCCGGCUCGUGCUCAACGGGCUCACGGCGGAGGUGGAGGGCGAGGGGGUGGGCGUGGUGGUGGGGGGUGAGGGGCAGUCGCCAGACUCGCUGGAGUUCUACCACGAGCUGGAACUGUAUCGGCAGCUGCUGGCGCUGCCUGCUGAGCCGAGACGUGCGCGCACGCCGGAUCCCAGGCCCACUAAGAGCCCAGAGCCAACGCCGCCGCGGCGUAGCCGCACGCCGUGCGCUCGCGUCUCCGCCUCCGCUUCAGCGCCAGCGCCAGUGUCCUCGCCCGCUUCCGCGCCCGCGGCCACGCCCGUGUACACCCCCGCUCCCGCUCCCGCUCCCGCUACCACCCCGCGCGCCGCGACUCCGGCGCCUGCGACGGGACACACUCGUCCGGCUCAGGGACCAUAA